AUGACUGAAAAAGUUAUUGACAAAAUAAAAGAGUUUAUUGAGGACCAAAGUACAGCCAAGCUUGGCAUUCUUCUUACUUUUGUGUUUCUCCUUAUGACUUUUUCGAACAUUGUUCUGGUUUUUCUGCUCGUCCUCUUCGUCGUUCUACCCAUCAUCUUGAUAAAGUGCUAUCUUAUGUAUGAGAAGAGGGAGAAGCAAAAGCUUACUCUUCAACUUGAGCUCGCUCGAUCAAAAAAUCAAAAACCUCCGGCUCAAAAUGCGCCACUUCGAGAUGCCCAAACGGCCACGAAUAAGCCUCUCCCAUUGAUACAAUAUUACCCGCAGCCAAUUCCAAUUCCUUUUCCGUACUACCAACCUCAAGCCAUAACACAGCAAAAUCGACAAAAUGAAAUUUCAAAAGAUGCCACAAAUAAUAAGCAAGCUCAGAAGUCACCAAAAUCGUCCGCUUCAAACUCCCAGAAGAUCGAGAAAAAAGAUCAACCCGUUGAAAUCAAAAAUCAGCAAAGUCCAAGCAAGUCAAAUAAAGUCGGAGAUCGAAAAAAUCUGACAAAUAAAGCAGAUUUUUUUAUUGAAGAGCUUUCAGCACCCAUUAAGGUCAAAGAAGAUCUCUUUCAUGCUGACGAAGAAAUUGUUAUUCAGUAG